UGGCUGCUACAAAGAGCAAAAGUAAAGGCAGCCAAGGGCAGUUUCCACUCACACAGAAUGUUACAGUUAUUGAAGGUGAAACAGCAACCUUGACCUGUAGAGUUGAUCAAAAUGAUAACACCUCCCUCCAGUGGUCAAAUCCAGCUCAACAGACGCUAUACUUCGAUGACAAAAAAGCUUUGAGGGACAAUAGGAUUGAGCUUCUUCGGGCUUCUUGGCACGAACUGACCAUCAGAGUCACAGAUGUCUCACUGUCAGAUGAAGGGCAAUACACCUGUUCCUUAUUUACUAUGCCUGUCAAGACUUCCAAGGCUUUCCUUACUGUUCUGGGUGUUCCAGAGUCUCCUCAAAUUACUGGAUUUACUUCACCAGUUAUGGAAGGUGACAAAAUGGAGCUGACAUGCAAAACAUCUGGCAGUAAGCCAGCUGCAGAUAUCAGAUGGUUUAAGAAUGACAAAGAGGUGAAAGAUGUUAAAUAUGUAAAAGAAGAAGAUGCAAAUCGGAAAACAUUUACCGUCAGCAGCACAAUGAAUUUCAAAGCAGAUCGUAGUGAUGACGGUGCAGUUGUAAGUUGCAGGGUAGAUCAUGAGUCCUUGCACUCCAAACCCCAGAUAGCAAAGCAAGUUCUAGAAAUACAUUAUAUUCCUUCAGUUAAAAUUAUACCUUCCGUGUUGUGGCCAGAAGAAGGACACUCUAUAACUUUGAUUUGUGAAUCCAAAGGAAAACCACUGCCAGAUCCAGUAUUAUGGACUAAAGAUGGUGGAGAAUUACCAGAUCCAGAAAGAAUGAUUGUCAAUGGUAGGGAGCUAAUCAUUAAUGUCCUAAAUAAAACGGACAAUGGUACAUAUCGAUGUGAAGCAGAAAAUUCCAUUGGCUUAAACAGCGCAGAGUAUGUUCUGAUUAUACAUGAUGUUUCCAACAUUUUGCUUCCCAUCACUGUCAUCCCCUCCCUUACCACUGCAACAGUCACAACCACUGUAGCCUUAACAAGCACAGUCCCAUCGGCAACAGCCAUCAACACCCGAGACCCCAAUACUUUGACAGGAAGGCCUGGACCGGACCAUGCGGUUAUAGGAGGGAUAGUGGCUGUAGUUGUCUUUGUCACGCUAUGUUCUAUAAUUCUGCUUGGUCGAUACCUGGCAAGACAUAAAGGAACAUAUUUAACAAAUGAAGCAAAAGGAGCUGAAGAUGCACCCGAUGCGGAUACAGCCAUUAUCAAUGCAGAAGGCAGCCAAGUAAAUGCAGAAGAGAAGAAAGAAUAUUUCAUAUAGUUGCAGACUUAGGUUCUUAAGUAUUAUUCACCAGGCUGACUGCUGGAGAAAACUGGCUCCCGUCUUUCUGAAUUAAUUUCUCCCAUCCUUCGGCUACCUUUAUUAAUGUACACUGUUGCUUUCAAUAGCCAGUUUAUACCAACAAUCAGCCAUGGACUGCAUUUUUUUUCUUUAAUUAUGGUACCAUUCAUAAUGCAGGACAUUUCUUAUUGCCUAAUCAUCAUAUCCAUUGAUCUCUUAACAUACAGUGCUUGAAUAUACAGCCUUAACUAUUUUAAUCAUCAUCGUAUUCUGUUUUUCUACAUUUAAAAAAACCCAAUUGCUAUACAACUUUUUUUCUCUUUUAUCACAUGGUCCUUACCGAUAUUGCACCUGACCAUUCUGAUAGUUAAUGUUCUUAGGUGAGGAUCCAAAUGUACUUACAUAAAACAUUACAAGUAAGAUUAGAGGUUUACAAAGAAUGUUUUAUAUAUGUCUAUAAUUCAAAAGCAGCCUAGUUUUGAAACAUUAUGCCCUAGGAAACACAAAUGGAAGGCAGUCUCAUUUAAUUUCUUAUGUGUCUGCAAAUGACAGCAAAAGGGUAUGAAGAGAACAUUUAUUUUAACAGCACAUUGGUACUAGAACAAUGUCUGGGUGGUAACCACAUCAUGCAGUCUGUCCAUACAAAAUCCAAAAAAGAUGGAUUAUGUAGCUCCAUUUUGAAAUUGUUUGUCCAGCUCUUUUUACUGCUUUUAGGAUCAUAAAGACUUCCAUAUCUAUUUCUGUAACUUGUUUUUCUUUUAAUUUAUUUGCUUCACAUGGGCUCACCUGCCUACUCAAUUUGGACAUGUUCAUGGGGCACAAAUGCAAGGCAUUCUAGUAUCUGUAUAUAGUGCAUAUAAUAAAUCCAAUUAAACAUUAUUUGAUACAUAUUUAACUUUUGGGGCUGUAGGUAAGUCAGUCACAAGUAAGCAUUUUCUAAUGUCCAUUAUAUCCCUUUAGAUAUGACUUAAAUUAAUAUUCUGAGUAGAUGACAUGUAUUAGUACUUUUUGUCUGUAUGUCCUAGCACUGUUCAACAGCAAACUUUUCUAGUUCCAGUUACUUUUUCUUUGUUAUACAAUGGAAGCACAAUGUUCUAUGGAAAGGUAGUUUAAAGCUAACAACCAGUGCACAGCCUCAGGUUUAAAUUACAACCACAUUAAUGAUUAAUGAUUAAGUUGCAAAAAUUUCAGUAUAUAAUUUGGCAGUUCCAGAACUGCUUUAUCAAUGUUGGAUUUGCCAAAACACAAACAAUGAAGUGUUAAAAAAAACCAACCUCUAUGUUUUGUGUAUAUGGUAAAUGAACUAAUUCUUUAUAUUAAAUUCCUGUCUAUGCAUUUUGUGAGGUACAAACUUAUGUCACAGUGAAUGAUAGAGAAUACCUGCCAUGCUUUUAGCUCCACAGUAAAGACUUCUCUUUGAGAUAAUUCUCAACAUGUGGGGCAAAAUGACAGCUGAGAAAAAAAAAGAAUAUCAAGAUUUGAAAUCUACCAUAAUAUAAAUGGAUUGUCUCAAUUCUUCUUCAAGAAAAAAGGCAUCAAAGCAUCAACAGAGAAGCUCUUUCUUACUGGUCCCAUGUCAGAAAAUUGAAAUCAGUAGAGACUCUUGUUCAUCUCCUAAGUGCUGCACCUUGAAAGAAAGAAAGAAAGAAAGAAAGAAAGAAAGAAAGAAAGAAAGAAAGAAAGAAAGAAAGAAAGAAAGAAAGAAAGAAAGAAAGAAAGAAAGGAAUAUUUCUAUAUGGAUGCUAUUACUAGUGAAGUCUAAAAGCAUAAUGGCCUAUUGUAAAGGAUUAUCUCCUGGGAUUUAUUUUUUGCGCAAGUGGGAGGAGGGUGGGUAGCAUUUGAAUAUGACAUCGUGUCACAGUAAAUGGAAAUCAAAGGUAUUGUGUCAGAUUAUUUAUCAGAAAAGUAUACACCUUUUAAAGACAAUAGUACUUUUUAAAUUGCUUUUGUUGGAAAAAAAAUUACCUUGUUAAUUUCUAUGAGAAAAAAGAAAGAAAGACCAUCAAUCAAGCAGCACUUUUUCAAAAUAUACAGAACAUAAAUAAUAUGAUGUGGUUGAGUGUUAACAUAAUAAAUCAUAUACAGUAUGACAUUUUAAAGAAAUACGUCUGCAUUGAUGUGAUUGCAUGCUUGUUUUUACAGUUCACUCCAAAUCAUCUGUGGAAAAAUUGCAAUAAUAUGCUAACCUAGUAUGGUAGUUUGAGAGAAUUGGGUAGGAACUCCUAGACACAUUGAAGCUAGUAUAGGUUUACAACAUAAUCAUGUCUUUCAAGGAAUACAUUUGGUUUAAGAAAAACCUGGCAAAAAAGAUUACGCUUGUAAUUACUACUAGGAAGAAAAGGUAUUUGUCACAGCAGUUAGCUGUAACUACUAUUUCAAAAACUGAUUUGUGGAACUAAUGCCCAGGCCAGCAGAGCACUUAACUCUGUUCUUAAAUGCCUUGCUGCAUUAGGAUUAUGUUUACUAAACUUUGUAUGCCCAUUAGUGCUGUAUUUACACGUUUAUACAUUCUUUCUAAACACCAUUUUGCUUCAAUUAUAUAGAAAUGCUGCUUACAUUAUCUACCUGCUCAUCACUGUGAAGUGAGAUUUUCAUACAUUUGGGCAUCUUUCAAUGUAACCAUUUCAAAGUGUCUUGUCAGUGUAGCAUAAGGAAGAUGUUGGAACUCUGCAAUAGUAGAUAGGAAAAUGGACUGUUAACUUUUUACUGUGUGCUCAGUUGCAGUCGGUUUUUUAAAAAGCUAGUAUCUUCUGCCUUGUACCUUGAGAUGUAAUUUGCAACAGGUCAAAGGGCAGCAAGAAAAAUACAGUGUUAAUUGAAGAGAUAAUUGAUAAUUCUGGCCUACCAUCACUUUCUAUCAUCUGCUUUCACCCAGUUAAAUCAGAGGUUCUCAAACUUCUUCUCUGCGAGAAAAAGGGGACCUUUGAAAUAGAAAUUUGAUCGUAAUAAGUCUAGUAAAUGAUACAUCCCAUAAAUGAAACAGAGUUUUACUGUAAUAUUCCUUAGAGUUUUUCUCCAGUGAGUUCCUUCUCAUGUUUUCAGCCCCAUCUUUAGCUUUAGCACAAGUGUAAGCAAUAUUAUAGCAGGAUGUUUCCAAUACAGAUAUUGUUACUUUUUCUUAAUAUAAUUAAAUUACACAGUUUCAAACUGAAGUUUAUGAAAUAUAAAAUCCCUUAUAAAUGGAGCUACUGUUUAUGGCAAGACUGUGUCAAGAUGGUUUUUUUUUUCUUUGCCCCAGUACCCUUGUAUCUUAAUGGAUAUUGCACUAGUACCAUAACACAUCCCAGUUAAUUCUGCUUCCUGUUUCAGUGCCUUUUUGACCACAGGAGAUGAGGAGAAGCAGGGUUGGGCAGCUAGAGAAAGGGGGAAGCCUCAACUCUGUUGUCAAGAUGACUUGAUUCCAGUGAAAAUGGCCAGGAGGUGGCUGGUUGUUGCGAAAGCUUCAAGGUGUGGCCUUUUGUUUUUGGCUAACCUCCACUUUGUUAUGUAGCAUAAGCUUUCAGUUAUUCAAAGGAUGGAAGACAAGCCUUUCCAUGACAUGGUGAAUUAGGCCAUAAGAAGGAGGCAUCUUUGCAAGGUUUAAACGAUUACACGCAAAUGCACACAUAAGAAAGAUUUCCUUCAUAUCCAGUUGUGUUAUCUGUCAAAGUUGUUAUUUCAUAUAUAUCUGGUCCCAGUUUGAGAACCCCUGGUUUAGAAUCCACUGGGCAUAAGGCAUCAAAGCCCAAUGGAAAUUAUUUAUUUACAGUAUAUUAUAUAAAGGUAUAAAUAAUACAGGUGCCAUGGAAGCCACUAAGGGAAAUGUAAAUCACGACUGUUCUUCUUGAGAGUUCAUCAGUCCAAGGUAUCACAUUGUUGCCCAUUUAUUGUUUGAUAUUAUUUAUUUACUUUUGCUCUCCUUGCAUUUUUUAGAGAAGAUACAAAAGUAUGAAGUGGCAUCUCAAAAUAUGCAUCAUCUCUCCAUUUUUAUUGUCAUUAACAGUUCUAAGAAAUAGUUAAAGGAAACUGAAAUUCCAUCUGAAGGACAGAGCAGAAUCUGGAAUGCUUAUAAGUUUUUCACUUUUAUGGAAGGCAGAUUAUUCCUGCUAUAAAGAACCAAGAAAAAAGUGAUAUUUCUAAGCAAACUAGUGCAUUUAAACAUUUUGAGUAUGUCCAUCAUGACAUAAGAUAUACAGUAUACCUAUUUAAAAAUGGCUCAGUGAGAAGAAAGGAAGGGAACUUAUAUAUUUUUGAUUGUGAAAUCACUGAAGUUACCAUGUACACACACGUACACUAGGUAUAUUGAUCAUGACAGUGUGGUUACAUGUGCUUCCAUGUAACAUUGCAGUUAUAGUGUAAUUUAGUGCCACUUAUUAUAAAGUGUUACCAAAAACUAACAUAGAAGUCUUACCUUUACAACUUUGUUGAGUAAAGGUAAUUCUGAUUUUAAAAAACAAAACUAUAAAAUGAAACAAGUAAAAUAGUUGCUACGGUUUUCUUUAAAACUUUCCUAGAUUCCACCAGGGAUCCUAUCUUCUCAUUCAUUAGAACAAGAAACCUUGAACAUACAAACACAAGGCAAAAUAAAAUCAGAUGAUCAAAAAAAUUGGAAAACAUGGUAUUAAAUAGAAAUAAUGCACGUAAUGCUUUGGCUUAAGUGGCACAAAGUACACACUAAAAACUAUGCAAAAAUAUAGGUGACUACAGUGUACUUACAUGUAAGUAUCUUGUACUAUCUCUGUAUGGAUAUUGGAAACCCAUGUAUUUAUAAUAUGCAUUUUGAUUAUUUUAUAAGGAAGGAGAUGAAACUUUGCAGUUACAAGGCUGAACUACAAAAUACAUACAGAGCAGUUAUUCUGAAAUAUGUUCAUCCCCCCACCACACACAACUUUCAAGUAAUCUUUAAUUUAUUGUAAGCCAUAUUUUCCUUGAAACCUGACCACCACUCCAUUUUGCCUCUCCUCUUAUUUUGGUCCCAUGGGCCUCCUUCUAAACACCUCUGGGGCAAAGUUUUCAAUUGUGCUAAUAGCUUUGCUGCCAGCACUCUGUCUGGGAACACUGCUCAGUAAUCUAUUUCUAGCCCAACAGUACAAGGUUGCUCUUUUUAUCUUCCUUGAGGGAGCCUUGCAUGCUAAGAUGUGGAAAAGUGGUGCCAUUUGCCCUGGUAUUUUUAGUUUCAACAAUGGAAUGAGAGCCAGAGAGAACUGCAUUCUUCUGACCCCUAUUUCACUGAAGCAUCUCACCUGGAAGUUCUGCUGUUUAUUUCCCAAUAAUAUCAGGUAAUCUUACAUUGUGAGUAGAAAAUGCUUCCAUCAAACCACAGAGGAUGCCUUUAAUGAUAAAGUUAACUUUUUUCCAAACAUGAAAUUUUAUAUCAUUGAUCCUUUUCAUCUUGUCAUUUUUUUCUAUCAUGCUCUUCCAAAAGUAAUGCAUUGAAAGUAGUGAGAUAACACAGAACAAUCACAGACACAAGAAAUAUUGUUAAAUUGAACACUGCAAAGCUUCCCAGCCUCUCCUGCUAUAGCUUUCCUUCUCUGUCUGAAGCACUAUCAUUACUGUCUAAAGCAUUCAAUCCACUUUCAGUUGCACAAUUUUAACUAGUUCCCAUAAUAAAUCUGGGGCUUCCUUGGG